AAAACAACAAAAUAAACAAAAAGAGCCAAACCUUUUCAUUCAUUCUCUCUUUAAUCUUUCUCUCCCAUCUCUCCGACAUUUAGCGGCCAAAAACAUGAACGAAUUCAGGCGCUUCUUCGUAUUUUGUUAGAAUUAGAAACAAACAAACAACAUUGCAUUCGCAGCGGCUUCAUGGCAGCCUCCUCCGCCUCUCUCUCCCUCCGUCCCUCAUCGUCGCUCAGCUUUGUUUCCGACCGACCUUACCUUCUUAUCCCAUCAUCCACCUCUGCUUCUUCAUGUUCUUCUUCUUCUUCUUCUUCCUUCCUAUUCCUUGGGACCCACCAGAGCUUCAUUUCUCUUUAUUCUUGCUCUCCUUCUUCUACGAAAUUUAAUUCGAGGGUCUCCGCUAAACGGGGGUUUGGACCAGUGAUUACUGCUUCUGGGGACUACUAUGCCACUCUUGGGGUUCCCAAAUCUGCAAGUGGCAAGGAAAUCAAAGCUGCCUAUCGAAGGUUAGCUCGCCAGUACCACCCUGAUGUCAACAAGCAACCUGGAGCAACUGAAAAGUUUAAAGAAAUUAGUGCUGCAUAUGAGGUGUUAUCAGAUGACAAGAAGCGAGCUAUGUAUGAUCAAUAUGGUGAAGCUGGAGUUAAAAGCACAGUAGGGGGAGCAUCGAGUGCCUAUACGGAUCCAGUUGUUGGUAUUAGUCAGGGUCUCUGUAGCCUGUGCCUGGCCAUUCUUCUUGCUGUAUUUCAUGUUGAUCGAGCAUCAUGGUCAUUUUAUCAUACAACUUUAGUUUUUGGUACUAAUCCAUUUGAUUUAUUUGAGACAUUCUUUGGGCCAAGCAUGGGUGGAUUUGCUGGUAUGGACCAAUCUGGUUUUGGAACACGUCGUCGUAGUACUGUUACUAAGGGUGAAGACAUACGUUAUGACAUCACAUUAGAAUUUUCUGAGGCUAUAUUUGGAGCAGAAAAAGAAUUUGAACUUUCUCAUAUGGAAACAUGUGAAGUUUGCAUGGGAAGUGGAGCAAAAGUGGGUACCAAAAUGAGGAUAUGUUCAACAUGUGGAGGAAGGGGUCAAGUUAUGAGAACUGAGCAAACACCUUUUGGAUUAUUUUCCCAGGUUUCUGUGUGUCCAACUUGUGGUGGAGAUGGUGAAGUCAUUUCUGAAUCCUGUAGGAAAUGUUCUGGUGAAGGACGUGUUCGAGUUAAGAAAAAUAUUAAAGUUAAAGUCCCUCCUGGUGUUACCGCAGGCAGUAUUCUCAGAGUUGCUGGGGAGGGUGAUGCUGGGCCUAGAGGGGGCCCUCCUGGGGAUCUUUAUGUAUAUCUUGAUGUAGCAGAAAUAGCUGGAAUUCAAAGAGAUGGCAUCAAUCUCUCUUCAACGGUAUCUAUUAGUUAUCUAGAUGCCAUAUUGGGGGCUACAGUGAAGGUAAAGACUGUUGAAGGGACUAGUGAACUACAAAUUCCACCAGGCACUCAACCUGGGGACACUCUUGUCCUUGCAAAGAAAGGUGCACCAAAACUGAACAAGCCAUCAAUACGUGGUGACCAUUUAUUUAAAAUUAAAGUCACCGUUCCUAAUCGUGUCAGUGUCAAGGAGCGUGAAUUGCUUGAAGAACUAGCUUUGCUGAGUAAUACUACCGCCAGCCGCUCACGAAUCCGUCCUAAAACCCAACCAGCAAGUGAGGCCAAGAGUACAGGAAAGCAGGUGGGAACUGUUGAGGAGAAAACUGAAGAAUCGGGAGAUGAAAAUGAUGUAUGGAAAAAGUUAAAAGAUUUUGCUGGGUCUGUUGCAAAUGGAGCUGUAAAAUGGCUGAACGACAACCUGUAAGGGCAGUAAUCUUUUAUUAGGUGUCCAAACUGUAUCGUCCCUCUAUACGGAUUUGGUUUAUUGAAUUUUUCUACCUCUGGGAUUUUUAUUUUUAUUUUGUUUUUAUUUUUAUAUUUUUUCAGAUGCGUGACUUAGUAAUACUGUACUGGAGAAAUCAAUUGUGCUCUUCUCAGAUAUUCUUUUAUUUGAUUUUACUUGUAAAUUUAUUAACCAGCAAAUUCAUACAAACUAAUCUGCUGUAAGGUACC